AUUACUUGGAUGGCUGGCUUAUUCGUUAGAUUACUAAUAUAGGAUACGAUGUUCGUUUCUCAAAAUUUAGACAAGUAUACUCACACUGAUAUGCGAAUUUGUAAUUUUAAUACUUUUGUAAUUAACUUAUCCCUGAGAGUGACGUCGUGUUUAUAGACAGUGUUCUGAAGGAGGAAUUAUCUAGAAUAAAUUACAUGGACUGUUAUCAAGAAGUAUAUCAAUGGCACCUCAAGAGAAAAUUAAUUACUUCAAAUUAGUUGCUCUUAUUGCUGAUAUCGCAUGUCUUGUUAUCUGGAAGUAUAUUAGGGAAAAUAUACUUGGAAAAGAUUCUUUUGAAACAUUUCUAAAUAAAGAGAAACAUAAAAUGGUGCACCUGUAUGAAACAUUACCAUGCUGUGAAUGUAUGGUCAGUAAGAUAAAUGGAGAGAGACUUGUCUCAAGAAAGCAGUUCCUUGUAUUAUAUAGAUCUGUUGAACGGAACAAAAUAUCUUGCCACAACAAGUAUCCUUGCAGAAAAUUAACCCAGAUUUGCAUCUGUAAUUAUUCUGCGAAUGAAAAUGUAGAUGUGAAAGUGGUUGAUAUCACACUUGCAAACUAUAUCAUUCAAAAGUGUGGAAAACGCGAACAAGGGGUAGACAAUUGGAUUGAACAAAUUAAAGACGUGCGAAACAAAAUAUUUCAUCUAUCAGAUAUACAAAAGAUAACAGAUGACAAAUUCAACAGGACAUGGACAAAGUUAGAAGGGUCCAUAUUGGGAAUAGCAAAUCUAAUGGACAGUGCAUACGUAGCAGAAAUCGAGAAAAAGAUUUUACAAACAAAGGAACAUGUAUUUAUUUCUUCUUGCAUGUUGAAGUAUGAGAAACUCUGCUGUGACUACUGGAGAAAUAAAUGCGCUGAAUUUGAGAGAGCUCAGGUACAGGUUAUCGAAAAGAAAGCAAGGGCUCUACACAUGAAAGAUCAUAAAGUGUUCAGUAAAUCUAUGGAAAAGGAUUGCCAUAAAACCAUGGAAGAAAUUCAAAAAUUAAAAACUAUUGUUGACAACAUUGAUAUACUGAUCAAGGUUUUUGGGAAGAGCGAAGAUGUGAACACGUUAUUAGUGAAUGAAGACAUCCAGAGAGUACCCGUUUUCCUACAACUGGACUUACCGGCUUCAUGGAACAGAACGAAAGUUUUGGAAUAUCUCGACGAAAUGAGAAUAAAUGGAACGUCUGAUAUGAAUAUAAAAAUUAUGGCAGUUUCGCCUGAUGAUCUUAACAUUUAUUCAGAGAUAGCAAAGACAGUUCUUAAUAAAGUUGAUUUGCUAAAAGACGAAGUCCAAAAACUAUUGUCUGGAAUGCUUUUAGAGGCGGCAAUUGACCCAAAACAAAGUGCUGAAGUGGGUUUUAGUUUAACAAUACCAAAAAUUACAGAAGAGACUAGUGAGAUAAAUAGUGAAGAUGAACAUGAUGAAGCUGAACAGGCAGAUCAUCCUUCGGCUAUUGAUGAUUGCCAAACAAGAACAGAAUUUGAUGAACCUGUACGAUUGAAGUCAUAUUUCAAGUUUGAUAUUAGUCGACGACAGAAGUUACAACUAGAAGCAAUUCAAAAUAGUCUAAUUAGUGAUUGCGUUAUCACCAAUGACCAGUUGGUGUUUACUGAUUAUUUCAACAACAUAUUACAUAUCUACAAUAUAAAUGGAAGUCACAAUCGAGAUAUAAGAUUGUCCAAUCAUCCGAAAUGCAUUUCAGUAAUAAAAGACACCGAUGUUGCUGUCUCGUAUAAUCGAGAUAUAGAAAUAAUCGAUAUCAACACUGGAGAACUGAAGAAUACAAUUGUAACGCGUGGUGUUACCAGCGGUAUAUCUUAUCAAAAUGGACUGAUGUAUGUUGUAAUUUGUCACCAGAAAAUAGAUGUUAUGAAAAUGACAGGAGAAAUAGUUCGAUCUAUUCAUUGCCCUUUUCAAUCACUGUACAUAAGUUUAUCAACUGAUACUGACAGUUUGUUGCUCACUGAUUCCUUAACGCUUACUGUAUACUGUUGUGACUUGUAUGGAUCGGUCAGAUGGAAGUUUACUAAUGAUAAGAUGCACAUGCCAACGGGAGUUACAAAAGAUGGAAAUGGUAAUGUUUAUGUUGUUUGUAAUGAAUCUAACAAUGUUGUAGUGGUAUCACCUGAUGGUAAACAUCAUAAAGAAUUACUUACUAAGAAAGAUGGACUGCAAAAGCCGACUGGGAUAUACUACGACAAAUCAAACGAUUGUCUGUUGGUGUGCAAUGGAGGGAAUUGUGAUGCAUUUCUAUUUGAUGUUAAACAUUCAACUAAAAAUGAAUGAAUGUCAUUUCAGUGAUAGUACCUAAAUGGGUGCGGUGAGCUUUGUUUCAUAUCUAAUUGAUAAAUGCUUUCGCAAUUAAAUUAUAGUCUGUGAUAUUUUUAAUACAGCGCUGUACGUAACAUACUUUUAAU